AUGGGAAAUCUAGGUGACUUGUCGCCGGAGGGGAGCGUUGCGGUCGGUGUGGUUGUUGGCUUGGUCUCAACCAGUCUACAAGCUAUAGGUCUCACUCUCCAACGCAAAUCGCAUCUACUCGAGGACGAGAAGCACCCAUACGAUGUGCGCAGACCCCCUUACAAGCGCCGACGAUGGCAGCUAGGAAUGGGAAUGUUUGUGAUUUCCAAUAUCGUGGGUAGUACGAUUCAAAUUACUACACUUCCACUACCGGUCCUUUCAACGCUCCAAGCGUCCGGACUAGUGUUCAACACGAUAUUCGCAACUCUGAUCCUCGGUGAGCCCUUCACUCGAUAUUCGCUAGCGGGGACAGUCCUCGUUUGCGUCGGUGCAUUGCUCAUUGCGACAUUCGGUGCCAUCGGGGAACCGGCACAUACCCUAGACCAGCUUCUCGACCUGCUGCAACGACGGCCUUUCCUACUAUGGAUGGGGGCUACCACUCUUCUGGUUGUCGCAGUAAUAGUGAGCACAAAAUUACUGAAGCACUUCCUGCCCUUUUCGCGCGCGAAACCUUCGGCGUCCGGCCAUUUCACGCCCAAUCUCAUGCGCAAUCAGAGCCGAAUGAGGCUCAUCCGGGGAAUGAGCUAUGGAUUUGUUAGUGGUAUAUUGUCGGCACACUCUCUGUUGUUGGCGAAAUCGGCAGUGGAGCUGCUCGUUCGAACAAUUGUGGAUGGGGUGAACCAAUUUAAUCGUUGGCAGUCCUGGGUAAUCCUGCUGGGAAUGAUCUUCUUAGCACUGACCCAAUUGUUUUAUCUCCACCGCGGACUUAAGCUGUGCAGUACCAGUGUUCUUUACCCUUUCGUGUUCUGUAUCUACAACAUCAUCGCCAUCAUGGAUGGCUUGAUUUACUUCCGGCAAGUAUCGCAACUAGCGGGCUUUCACGCCGGUCUCAUUGCUUUGGGGACUAUAGUUCUACUCGCCGGUGUUUUGUGUCUGUCUUGGAGACUUGAGGAUAUCGAUAAUCAUGCCGCUGUCACUACCGUGGGCCCCACGCAGACCGGUCUCGGACCGGGGAUGGGAAUUAUGGAGGAGCACACCCCAACAUCGCCAGGGUGGUUAGAUGGCCAGGAUGAAGAAUCCCAUAUCGGGGAACGAGAACCGCUUCUCAACCCCAGAACCAACACACGGCAUCUUUCGUAUCAGCGAGGACGAGCCCCGAGUCUACCACUGAACCUACAUCUCGACCGCCAUGACUCCAUCGAUCUAAACCCCGCAUCUAUCUGGGCCGAGCUCGACGAUUCAGAUUAUGACUCCGAUGGCGGACAAAGACGAUCUUUGGAAGACUGUCCACGCAGUAUGAGUGGCAGUGCAACUCUGAAUGGCCCGCCACGAGGGCUGGCGCGGCACUCAACGAUAGGUACUGGCACCCACGAUCGAUGGGGACCUCGCCAGAACCAAAGACGUCACACUUCGGCACCAUGGGGUGGAAUAUCACGCGCCCAUCGUAAACGACAGAGUACCGGCGGUCCGGUUGGUUCCUCCGGCCAAUUUAGCGGAUAUGGAACCAUCCUAGAGAAUGGGGAUGGUGACCACUGGCAUGAAAAUAUCGUCAACCGUGAUUCUUCUGCCGCCAGGUCUGGCCUUCUUGCUGGCUCAAGCAGGGCUCUGGCAGGUGCAUGGACAUCCGGAAGACGGUUCCUGUCACGAUGGAGCAGCCCGUGGGCGGGCAGUGAUGCCGAGGCCGACCCAGCAGAUGAUUCGGCUUCGACCUUACUCCCGCAGGGACAAUCUAGUAACGCACAAAGAAACACGGUUUCCGAGUCUGGUACUCCCUAG